AUGCGUUGCGCCAGCCUUGUGUCGGGCCUGCUCGUCGCCCGCGCAGCAGCACAACUCGCGACGUUCAAGCAGUGCGACGUCCGCGUCGAAGCCCUGGAACGCGGCGGCGGCUGCCUCGCCGUCGACGCGGCCGCAAUCAACGCCACGCUCGCGCCGCCCGAGGGCACGACGGCCUGCGACGACAGCGCGACCUGGACGGACGGCACGAACGGCUGCGCCCAGUAUGAGGCCGCCGCGGCGCGCGGCGACGACUGGUGCGACGAGUUCGGGGCGCUCGGCGCCGCAACCGAGUGCUGCGUCUGCGGCGGCGGGCGAACGAGAGCCUUCAAAUACAAAGUAGGUGACGCGGUCGUGGUCCGGAAUGCUCGCGCGCCGCUCGACGGCGUUGUGGACGCGGUGAGACCGGCGGCCGGCUUCGCCUACGACGUGAAAGUGACCGCGCGCUUCCGGAAGCCGGCAAUCUACCGUGUGAAGAGCGAGAGCGACCUGCAGCCCGGCCGGCGCCCGCGGAACGGCCUGCUCCUGCAGCCCUGUGCCUCAUCGCCAUCACUCCGCUGGCGGCUCGAUAUAGAGGGCGACGACGCGGUCCUAGCACACGCGGAAACCAACACAACAGUCGGCGACGCUGUAGACGGAGGGCGCUCGGACUCGCUGCGGUACGCGGACGAAACGAGCACGCCGCUUACGUUCCGCAAGCUCGGCCGCUGGGACGUCUACGAGAUCUCGCGGGAGAGUUCUGUGAGGGAGUGCCUCGUCGGCGGGAAGUUUGGGAAGCCGGCCCUCGAGCAAGCGACGUGGGAGGCCUGCGGCGGGCCGAACGACGGCUUACCCUCUCGGUUGUGGCGUAUUCGAUGCGACGCCGGGGACGAGGGGGACGGGGCGCUCGUGGAGCGCAUCGAUGCGCUGCUGGCGCGGCCGGACGCGUCGACGCUACCGCCCUGGGAAGUCUUGGGCGUGGCCCGGAACGCCGAGCCUGCCGCCGUGAAGGGCGCCUUCCGGGAGCUGUCGCGGCUCCUACAUCCCGAUAAAAGGUCCUGGCUCGGCCGCAAGAUUCCCGGAGAGAAACUUGUCAGGGCCUGUGUGGAAACCGUCGUGUCGACCCCCACGCCAUCGACGCGACGCCUGCUCGAUGGCGCGGGGUUGCGCCUGACGCACUGGUUGAUUUCCACGCAGGUGAGAGCGGACGCGCUCUUCGCGACGGCGCAAAAGGCCUACGAUGGGCUCAAGAGCGGCGACGCCAAGGCGCGCGAGAAGUUCCGGUUGGACGCGGAGAAGGCCGAGCGCCUCUUUGGGACGUCGCAAGAUGUCUUGGAGUUAUCGCCCGAGGACGUGCUUGUUGAUGAGAAUGGCGCGCCGCGCGUGCGGCCCCAAGACAAAACGGUGGCGUGGGUCGUCGUGCUGUACAACCCGUCGUGCAUGAUGUCCCGAGCGGUCGCACCCCUCAUAGAGCUCGCGGCCGCCCAGAGCGUCGAGACCCGCUUCGCGGCGUUCGCGUCUGUGUGGAAAUCAACCAGUGAGUUAGGAUACCUCUACGCCAUCGAGCUGACGCGGUCACGGCGACAGCGUCGCGUCGAUGGCCUGGAAACUCCACGCCGUCGAGCAGACGCAGCUACGGAGACAACAUCGCGUCGAUGGCGUGAGGCGCCCGAAAUUUAAUUUCCACACAGGUUCGCCUGCGGCGGGCACGGCUCCGAGAAGGUCGAGUUCGAGCGCAAGGGCUUCGCGGCCGUCUUCGAGGACCCGAUCUGCCAGGCGCUCGAGCCGGGCUUCAGCGAGUCGCCGAGGAUAGCGGCUGCGGCCGGCGCCGGCGACGGUCCAGCGCCGCGGCUCGUCUCGUUCGGGCGCGUGGCGGCGCCGGACCUGCCGGACCGCCUCCUAGCAUACGCCACGAGGGCCGCGGCCCACGUCAAGGUCGCGGGCUCCAUCGACCGCACGGACGACGUCGACGAAUGGCAUGCUCAAGGCGGACUGCGCGUGGCGCUGUACCUCGAUGCGAGGCCCGACGCGGACAAGGCCGCGGCGGCGGCCGCGGAGGCCGCGGUGGCGGCUCGGGCGCGAGGUCUCCGCGCCGCGGGUGCUCGGAUCCUCGUGGCGGCCUGCUUUGGGUCGGAGGGCUGCGGCGCGCAGGACGUCCGGUUUGCGCCGAUGCUCCGCGUCUACGUUUCCGACGACGACGCCGCGGGUCAAAGUUUACUGGACGAGCCGCUCGUGGAUGCCAGAGAUGCGGCCAUCGCCGUAAGCGCGCUGGAGCGGACCCUAUUGGCCCUCCUUGGGCCGUCGGACGCCGUCGCCGUCGACGGCGACGACCAGACGUCAUAUGAUGAGCCCGCGGAACUUCAGGGCGGCGGCUCCUGCGCCGGCGCGUCGUCGUCGUCGGCGCCGCGCGACGGCCUCGCGCCACCCGAAGCCCCGCGCCUCGAUGGCCCGCGCACGGUGCCGCCGCGGCCGCAGCUCCCGGCUCGCGAGGCGCCGCUCUCGCGACGGGGCGGGAACUCGCAGCUGUAUGGCGGGGCGCGGAGCGGUGGCGGGGGAUUGAUUGGGGGGUGA